CUGCUGUGUUUUGGCACUCAUUUACUAUUUGGAUAAAUUCUCGCUUAGUUUUUGGAUUCUCGUUAUCUAUUAUCUUCUUGUUGGCACUUUCUUAAUAAUGAGAAUAUUAGAUAAUAGGUCUCACUUGUUGUUAUAGAAGGUUCUGGUGAGAAGGCAUUCUGCGCUGGUGGUGAUGUACGUUUUAUUGCAUCUGCUGUCCAAAAAAGAAGUAUUGCUGCUCAAGAAUUCUUUCGUAAAGAGUAUCAAUUAAAUCAUCUUAUUGGGGUAAUGACCAAACCAUAUAUUGCUAUUUUGAAUGGAAUCACAAUGGGUGGUGGUGCAGGAAUAUCAGUACAUGGAAGAUAUCGUAUAGCUACGGAAAAAACAGUUUUUGCUAUGCCUGAAACAAUGAUUGGUUUUUUUCCUGAUGUUGGUGGAGGCUAUUUCCUACCACGACUUCCUCAUCCAGGACUUGGUUUAUUUUUAGCACUAACUGGAUAUAAGUUAUCUAGUAUGAAUACUGUAUGGGCCGGUAUUGCUACACAUUUUAUUCAUUCUAAAGAUUUAUCAAACUUCAAAAAUGUACUAAUGAAUCUUGAAUUAAAAUCUACAUGUAGUCCAGAUGAUAAACCAGAAUUUGAUUAUGCUAUUGACAAAGUAAUAAAUCAAUUUACUAGUUAUGUGCCUAGUUAUUACCAUUCUUCAGUAUCCAAUGAUCUUCUAUAUAUUUUAGACGAUUUGUCAAAAAUAUUUUGCUUUUAUAAGAAUAAUGAUGAUGGCGGUGAUCAUGAGAUUCCAGUCUUUAUGGAAGAUAUCCUUAUAAAAUUAUCUAAAUGUUAUCAGAAUAUAGAAAAUCAUGAGAAAGUCAUUCAUUGGGCUAAAGAAACUUAUGACAAAUUAUUGAGUUGUUCACCUACUUCAUUAAAAGUCACUUUACGUCAAUUACAGAUUGGUUCUAAAUUAUCGUUUAGUGAUGAAUUUAAAAUGGAAUAUCGCCUAUCACAGAAAAUGAUUAAAAAUCCUGAUUUCUAUGAAGGUGUUCGUGCUUGUCUUAUUGAUAAAGAUAACACACCAAAAUGGAAUCCAAAUAAUCUUACCUCAGUAGAUAUGAAUCAAAUUCAAUCAUAUUUCAAUCAACUACCGGAAAAUGAUGAAUGGAGACCUGAAUAGUUUCUUCUAAUCUAUUCUGCAUUGUUGCUAUAACGGUUGUCUUUUUUUUUUGAAAUAAAAAUGUACGUGUUUA